AGUUAAACUUGCAGUCGGUCUUUCUCUGUCUGAUGGUCAUCAUGUUCCACAUGAACCAAGCAGCUCUUCUCUCCAUCACACUAUUUAUGAUGUGCCUCGUCUCUGCAGAUAAUGAUGCAGUUGAGCAGAAGAAUAUAUCGGUGUAUAGAGGAGAGUCCGUCAUCUUCACCUGCAACACGUCCAAGGAAAUAGUAUCACAAAUCAAGUGGAGCAAAGACAGAUUUACUUUUGGGAUUUCAUUCACAUUAAAUCAGACUUUUUCAAAUUUCACUUCACACCGACUGACAAUAGACAAAAAUGUACCUUCAAAGAUGAAUAUUUCAAAAGUUCAGCAUGACGAUGCAGGAAUCUACAGAUGUACUUUAUAUGAUGAGGAAGGCAUGACGACUAUUGAGUGGAAUUUAACGGUGUCUGAGGAACACAAAGGAUUCACUUCUUUGUGGUUAUAUAUCACAGCUGCAACUGUAUCUCUUCUUAUUCUCAUCAUCACAGCUGUUUGUCUCUACAGAAGCUGUACCAAGAUCCCGGACCAGGACCAGGAGAGAAAGACCCUAAGUCACGUCACGUUUCAUGUUCAGUGUGGAAAAGAGGUGGCUCCACUCCAAUCACACAGUUGUGCAGAAUACAGUACGAAAAAGUAGGUACUUUAAGAGGCUCAAUUCAAGCCUUCUGGUCUGUUAAGGAUGAAAUUCAAAAAGGAAAUUAAAGAUGUUGGAUAGAGCGACACAUUCCAUCCACACAAAACAAAAUCAGCAUGAAAAAUUAAUUAAUAUUAUGGGAAGGACAAACGGAUUUUUAUAUUUCUCCAAAACACUUGACAAAUUGUUUACAGACAACUGGAAUCUGUUCAGGUAACACAUUUUUUUUGUUACUAUAAAAGUUAAUUUGGUGUUGUUGCAGCAGUGUGCCAACCGACUCAACAU